UCUCUCUUUACUUGCAGCUGAGAUUUUUUUCCGGCUAGUUUUAGUGUGUGUUGUUUUUAACUUUCAUUUGAUUUUGAAGUAUUUUAGGUUUUAAUUACUUGCUUUCUGCUUCAGACACUCUGCUAUUAGUCAUGGAUAAAGCACAAAUGCCUGUUGCUGGAGGCACCGAUGGGUUCCGAUAAAUCCUCUGCUGGUGGAACAUCUGAUCAAAAUACCGAACAGCAAACUGGGUUGGGAGCCACAGAAUCAGGUCGACAGUCUACUAGUGACAUAGUACAUCCUGAAAUACCUGUUCAAGAAACCGAAGAGCAAACUGGGAUGGGAGCCACAGAAUCAGGUCAACAGUCUACUAGUGACAUAGUACAUCCUGAAAUACAUCAAACCGAAGAGCAAACUGGGAUGGGGGCCAGAGAAUCAGGUCAACCGUCUACUAGUGACAUAGUACAUCCUGAAAUACCUGUUCAAGAAACCAAAGAGCAAACUGGGAUGGCGGCCACAGGUUCAGGUCAACUGUCUGCUGGUGACAUGGUACAUCCUGAAAUACCUGUCCAAGAAACAAAAGACCCAGAUUUGCCACAGGCAGCCAUAGCCAGCAACACAACUUUGAGCAAUCUACAGUCUACUAGUGGCUUAACAGAUUCUACAAAAUCUGCUCAAGUCGGCUCUCUUAGUCGCCAGCCUUCAGCACACGAGGAUUCUACACUCUUUUCAUCAAGACGCGGACAGACUUCAGCUUCAAAAAACGAACCAACGUCAGCCUUCGUUACUUACGUACAACCAGAACCAACCAAAGGGAAACCUGAGGAUAGUCCCGCAGACCCACCUAGAACCGAUUCCGCAACGGGACAAGAUUCUGCGAAUAACGGAUCUACAGAUGUUGUCGGAUCUAGAGAAGAUGAUAACGAAUUUAAGUUAAUAAGUGGUAGAUAUGUGAUUCCACGUAAGGUAAGUGAAAAACUGUAUACAAGAAAAGGAGUAAUUUAAUUGUUUUAAGAGAAACUUUAAAUGAAUUAAACAAGUAUGAACAUGAGCAGAUUAGGAAUUAAAUUUUUUAAAUAAAAUUCUUAUUAUUCAAAAGGUUUAUACUGAGUG